AUGAGUGUGGUUGAAAGCGAAUUAGCCGAUGUAAUCCCGGUGAUUCAUUGCUCCAUUGCUGGGACUCGAAUUGUUGGACGCGUAACCGCUGGCAACCGGAAAGGACUGUUGGUACCGAAUGCAACCACUGAUCAAGAAUUACAGCAUAUCCGGAACAGCUUACCAGACAAUGUGAAAAUUCGACGAGUAGAUGAGAAAUUAUCUGCUCUUGGAAAUGUUAUUGCUUGUAAUGAUCAUGUAGCUCUGGUGCAUCCUGAAAUAAGCAAGGAGACUACGCAGGUUUGUUCAGAUUUUUUUCGAUUUUUUCACUUAAUCGGAAUUCGGUUAAAAUAUCUCUCACUGGGCCGUCUGGAUUUUUCUUCCGAAUCCUCCAGUAUCAUGCGAAUAUGCGCACUUAUCAGUUUUUCUAGGAAAUUAAGCUUCGGUUGUGUCACUUUUUUUUGUUCCUGUGUUGAACAAGAAAGAUCUCUUUCACUAAAAUCUUAUCUGGGCGAGCGGGGAUUGCAUUUCAGCCCGUAUGUCUUAGAUGUAUGGGUUUAUUAA